UGGAAUUCUUUACUUCCGAAUCCAAAACACAGAAAGAAAGAGAUAGAGAGAGAAAGAGAGAGAUUUUGCGUUGUUACUGUUGGAGAAUAUAUGGAGAUUUUUUCACAUUGAUCGGUCAUAAAAGGAGAAGAAGAAGGCUACCCAUCUAUCAAUUUGAUCUUUUCAUCAUCGCAUUAUCACAAAAUCUUUCCAUUCAUCACAAACCUUGAUUUGAUCGUCUUUUUCUAUUUCGUUUUCUUAUACACUCUUGUGAUUCACUCAAAUUCAAUCAAUACCCAUAUACUACUUUGAUUCAUAGAUCAUUUAUUGUACCCUUUUUCUGAUUAUCGAACACCGAUGCCGGACAAUCGCCAACUCCGGACCAAUGUCGGAGUUGUCAAUCCUUCACUCGGAGAACUUGAAGAGUCUGUAAAACGUCUUAAAUUUGAUGAUCAAAACGUGGGUGAUCCUUUUGUUUAUCCUGAUCGUCCUGGUGAACCUGACUGUAUAUACUAUUUGAGAACUGGGCAAUGUGGUUAUGGAAACAAUUGCAGGUUUAAUCAUCCUUCUUCUAAUGAACAGGGUAGGAUGUAUGGAGGUGAACUUCCAGAAAGAACUGGACAACCUGAUUGUGUGUACUAUCUGAAGACAGGAACCUGCAAGUAUGGAUCGACAUGUAAAUAUCAUCAUCCGCCUGAUAGACGUGGUGCUGGACCGGUUUUGUUAAAUAUAUUGGGAUUGCCUACUAGAGAGGAAGAAAAGGCGUGUCCAUUUUACAUGAGAAAUGGAUAUUGCAAAUUUGGAGCAGCAUGUAAGUUCCAUCAUCCUGAACCCGCAUCAUCAUCUUCAUCGUCGACUUUCAUACCUUCAUCUGCUGCACCAUGGCCAUAUCAAAACUAUGUUCCUGUUGUUCUACCUCCUCCUGCUCAAAGUAUAAAUUCCACAAAUGGUGGUUGGAAUGCUUAUACGGGACCUUAUGUUCAGUCUGGACUGGAUAUGAAUUACUACAACUUAUUGGAACAGGGAUCCAAUCCGAUGCCCAUGAUGCCCUCGCCAGUUAUUUAUCUACCCGAAAGGCCAGAUAAACCUGAAUGUAGGAACUUUAUUAGCACGGGGAACUGCAAAUAUGGUAUGGAUUGCAAGUACCAUCAUCCAAAGGAAAGAGCUGUUCAAUUAUCUAUGAACCCAUAUGGUCUCCCUUCAAGACCCGGACAAGCUGUUUGUUCAUACUAUAGUCUAAAUGGGUAUUGCAAAUAUGGAUCAUCUUGCAAAUAUCUUCACACUUUACCGGGUGGUUACUCUUAUAACUAUAUGGGAGUUCCAUUCCCAAAUCCAAUGAAUUCUUCAUCUCUAUUGGUUUAUACUUCUCCAACUAAAUCACCAUCCAAGGUUCUUCGCAAUCAAGCCAAUGCCGAUAAUGGAAAAGAUCAGGAUGAAGGUCAGAAGCAGCAUGAUGAUGAUGAUGAAGAAUCAAACCAAUCCUGUUCUCCAUCGAAAGAUAUAUCUAUUGUCUCUGAAUCUCGGGAAGAUAAGAUGGAUUGAUGAAGAGAAAAUGUUGAUCCCUGAUUAUCUUUUUCUAUCUGUGGUCAAGAUGAGAUUAAGGAUGGGGUUAGGAAGUUUUUUUUUCUUUCUUUUUUUCUUUCUUGUGAUGAAAUAAAACAUAGAUCUUUUGAUUUGUUUCAACUCUUACUUUUUCUUUUCAUGAACUUUGGAAUUGUUCUUUAAAGAUACCAAAUACUAUGAUGAUGGUGAUAUUUAUGAUGAUGUCUGAGAUUAUUAUUGUUGUUGGUGCUGAA